AUGGACCCACACCCCUUCCACAUGCAGUUGGUUAAACCAGUACCCACCCAAGAACCAGGUGUGUUUGGUGCUGAGACAGAUGAAAUGAAGACAGAAGAAGUGAAGACAGCGGUGGGACAGUCUGUAACCCUACACAGCGGUGUAGAAGAAUAUCAUCAGAUCAGCUGGAUGUUGGGUCCUCAGGACAGGAAUAUAGCUAAAUGUAGGGGAAACACAGAUGGCACCCGAUCAUGUGAGAUUGAUGAGAGACUCAGAGACAGACUGAAGAUAGACAGUCAGACCGGAUCUCUCACCAUCAUCAACAUCAGCACUGAACUCACUGGACUUUAUAAACUACAGAUCAUCGACAGCUCCUCUAAAAAGUCGUCAUACAAGCAAUUCAAUGUUACUGUCUCUGCUCCUCUGCCCAUUCCUACCAUUGUCAAAGACUGUGAACAAUCAUCAAGCUCGAAAUGUGUCCUGCUGUGUUCAGUCACGAAUGUCAGGAAUCAGCCUUCUCUCUGCUGGUACAAAGGAGAGAGUUUAAUCUCCUCCACAAGUGUCUCUGGUCUCAACAACAGCUUCUCUCUUCCUCUGGAGGUGAAUUAUCAGGAUAUCAACAUCUACAGCUGUGUGCUGAACAAUUCAAUCAGCAACCAGACCAAACACCUCAACAUCGCCGAACUCUGUCAACUAUCUCCAGGUAUGCAGCAACCACAGCAGCAAAAAUUACCUGUUUAA